AUGACAAAAGUAAUACUUGUCACCGGUGCCACUGGUAAGCAGGGCGGUAGCGUGAUAGAUGCAUUGCUGGAUCAGACUGGGGAUAUCGAGAUCCUAGCAUUGACCCGCAAUGCAAAUUCAGUCAGUGCCCAGAAGCUAUUGAAUAAGUCGGACAAGGUCAAGUUGGUGGAAGGAAACUUGGACCAACCCGAUGCCAUAUUUGAGAAUGCUCGGAAAGCGACGGACCUGCCAAUUUGGGGGGUUUUUAGCGUACUGGUCCCAAUCCCAGGUGGAAAGGAGGACCUCGAGGAGCGACAAGGUAAAGCCAUGGUUGACAUGGCUUUGAAGAACAAAGUGAAAUACUUUGUGUACACUUCGGUGGAUCGUGGUGGCGAAGCCUCAAUUGACAACCCAACAUUGGUGCCCCAUUUCAUCAACAAGCAUAACAUUGAACAUCACCUCAUGGAUAGUGCAAAGAAUACCGAGAUGAAUUGGACUAUUCUGCGCCCCACUGCCUUCAUUGACAAUCUUGUGCCGGACUUCUUUGGAAAGAUGUUCACUACUUCUUGGAAAAUUGCGGUGAAGGAAAAGCCAUUACAAGUCAUCGCUGUGAGUGAUAUUGGCUUUUUCGGGGCCCAAGCCUUCCUGAAACCCGAUAUCUAUAGAGGCAAGUGUGUCUCGCUGGCAGGAGACAGCCUUACAUACGAUGAAAUGGCUAGGAUUUUCAAAAAUAAGACUGGACAAGACGUACCAACGACUUUCGGGUUUUUAAGCCGCCUGUUGAUGUGGAUGAUGAAGGAUUUUGGCUACAUGUUUCAGUGGUUUUAUGAUUCAGGCUAUAAUGCCGACAUUCAAGCUCUAAGGAAAGUCCACCCCGGUCUGAAGGAUUUCAGUACUUGGUUGGAUACAGAAAGUGUCUUCACCACUACUAAAUGA